GGAAGGAAGCGAAGACAGAGCACAUCUGAAAUAGUAACUGUAUUAAAACAGGAGCCGGUAUUUCUAAGAAACUCAAUGUUUUGCCCGCUGAUGAUGGAUCCCAGGAUUGGUUGGAUUCAACCGGAGCAAAAGGGGCCAGCUCAUGACACAUGGACAGCAGUUUUGGAGGAUGUCACUUCACCAACGAUGGUCGACAAUCAUCGUAGCAGGGAAUACAUCCCUUUGAAUCGGAAAAAUACUUUUAAUGAAGAAGUGGAAAGUACCAAAUUGAACAACCUUAUAAAUUCCGACAAGAAUCAUGUUACUAAGAAGAAAAGAGUUGAGAAUCAAACCCCUUGGUGGUCCAAAGAUAAAAGUUAUCCAGACGGGUCGGUGGGGCUUCAUGAGGAAAUCUUGGACUUCUACAAUUUUAUGAAACCACGAACGGCCGAACAUACCAUGCGACAAGAAGUGAUAGCCAGGGUUCAAGAAGUCAUCAGACGGCUCUGGCCUACGGCUGAUGUGGAGGUGUAUGGAAGCUUUCGGACGGGGCUUUAUUUACCAACCAGCGACAUCGAUAUUGUUGUGUUUGGAAAUUGGGAGAGACUGCCGCUAUGGACGCUUGAGCAAGCACUCACGGCAAAUAAGAUCGCCGAGGCUUCAUCUAUGAAAGUCUUAGACAAGGCAUCGGUUCCAAUAAUCAAACUGACAGAUCAAAAAACCAAUGUGAAAGUGGACAUAAGCUUUAACGUUCCAGCUGGAUUGAAGGCUGCUGAAUUUGUUAAGGACCAAAUAGAAAUCUUUCCAUGUUUGCCACCUUUGGUGUUAGUUUUGAAACAGUUCUUGCUGCAGCGAGAACUGAAUGAGGUGUUUACUGGUGGUAUUAGUUCAUACAGUCUUAUUCUGAUGGCCAUUAGCUUUUUGCAGAAUCACAUUAGGAAGGAAGGCAGAACACUGAAAAACAACCUUGGGGUCCUUCUGAUUGAGUUCUUUGAACUCUAUGGACGUAAUUUGAACUACACUAAUGUGGGAAUCCGAGUGAAAGAUGGUGGAACCUAUUUUAGCAAGCAGGAGGUUUUGCACAGUAUGGAUGACGUUUUCAAUCAAUCAUGUGCACUGUUGUGCAUUGAAGAUCCCUUCACUCCAGGCAACUACAUAGGAAAGAGCUCCUAUAAAUUUAUGGAAGUGAAACAAGCAUUUGAAUAUGCCUAUGAUGUUCUAAGCAAACAGGUUCUGAAAGAAGAUUCUUGUUCACAUGAUCGAAAUUUUGAGAGGCCUGAACAGGAAGGAGCUGGCCACCUCAGCCGCAUUGUGCGGGUGACAGAUGAUGUUGUUGAAUAUCGUGAUUGGGUCGCUAGAGUUUGGCCAUCAUAUGAUGUUCCAUUAAUAGCUGGUGUAAGCCAGUCACCCCCGACGUAUGCUAGUAUAGCAAACAGACAUGUUCAACCUGAGACCCCAGGCAUUACAUCAUUGGAUGUCAUCAACAAAAGUGCUACAUGGCCAUUGGGAAGAUCUCAGUUAAAUGCUGUAACUUUGGUGUCUGAAAAUGAAAAGGUGACUGAUAAAGAGGAAGAGCCUUUGGUCAGGCACACAAGUGCUGACAGCCUCUUUACUCUUGCAGGGGGAAUUGAAAUGAAAGUAAAUAAAAACUCAGUUUGGUCUGCAACCUCUGUUCGGAAAUUGGCAGAUUCACUCGCACAAGACAAUGUAGCCAAGAAAAGAAUGAGCUCUGAAACAAAACCUGCCAAUAGUUUAAGGCAUUUGAAACCCACUAUAACUGCAAUACCUUCAUCUGUCAGCACUAGCUCCUCAUCACCAGUGACUUCUUAUUCAGGGGCAAUAAAGCAGUCCUUGACACCAUCAUUGAAACAAACAAUAGGAACUCCAGCAAAGGCCUCUGUGGUUGACUCUUCCUCAAAGUUGAAAGCUGUGGCAGUUGUGGGACCUCUAAGUAGUGGCUCUCCAAAAAAGGCUGAAGAGCAGAAGACUUGUGCAUCAAAUAACAAUAAUGCUGUGGUUAGUUCACCAAAGCUGGACUGCGUGACCACCAGGCAACUCAGUAAAGACAAUGGUAUGGGAAAACAAAGCUCUCCCACAAUUUUUUUAAACAGUAAAAAGAACAAUGACAACAGUAACCAAAACAACAACAACAAUAACAACAAUAACAACCACGGCAAAAGUUACACAAACAGUGGUUCAAAGAGUUCAUCUAAACACAAACGUGGGAAAUCACCCAAGAGUAAAAAGGGUAGGAGUUAAUGACAAGGUGGAAAAGAGGAACCAUGUUUCAGUUUCACUUCUUUAACAGUGGCGGUGAUUCAAUCAUCAUAUUUAAUAUGUUACAUGACUUUUUAUGAAAUUAGUUUGUGGGAAAUAUUUCAAUACUCUUUGAGGGGACAGAGCAACAGAGAUAAGAUUGCAAAAAAUCUAAUCUAUAGUUUUGAAAAACCAAAAAAAGAUUAUGUACUAUAGUAUUUUUUAAACAACAAAACAACAAAUAGAAAGGUUGUUAUUCAAUUCUCCUUUUGGGUUCAUUCUUUUCUUUUAGGGCCCUUGGAAAAAAAUUUAAGACUUAACAAUGCAAAAUAAUGAAUUCAUAAAUUCAAUUUCUGACCACCAAAAGUUUCUAUCUGAGAAAGGAGAGGAGUAUUUCAGUUAAGAAAGCACCUGUGUAUAAAUGGAUCUGUAAUACUUCUGGAAAAAGUCACAGUUUAUUUUAAGUAAGAAUCGUGUCGAUUAUGGGCAUGAUUGUGACUAUCAUUCCUACAUAGCCAGUGCCAGCUCAUCUUUUGUGUUAAAAGUAUAUCCUUGGCAAAUGUGCAUGUUGAUAUAUUGGAAAACAAAAAUAAUAUGACAAUAUCUAUUUGAAUUACGUAGGCUUCCCUUUAUUCUUUAAUUUUUACAUUGCACAGGGGUUAGUGUUUAUUUUGUUUCACACUUGUGAUGGAAAAUGGAAUUUUUGUUGUAAUUAUUAGCUGUUGAUCUGAGCUGUUAGACUUGGAAUUGACUAAUUGCUAAUGAGGGUUUGUUUGCAGAAAGAUUUAGACCAAAUUUAAGACUUCACUAUUAUUGGACUUCACCAUCACAAAAAUCAUGUGAAAGAAACUAGAAUGAGUUUUUGAAACAUUGGCACUGAGAACGAGUUAAAAUGUUUAAGUUAUUAUAAUGAUUUAUAAAAGCAACUAGUCCCAAAAUCAAUAAAAAAAAGGAAACAUU